ACUGACGCACCUAGUGCCCAAAACGUAUAUCCUUUUGGCUCUUAUGUGCUUGCUCGCUUGCUGCCUCCCUCUUUGCCCAUUACUGCAUUCCCUUCUUCCUGGCUGUCAUUCUGCUUGCUUCUGGGAAUUGCAGGACAGUUGCUCGUUUUCAGUUUAGGAAUCCUGAUAUAAGAGCUUCUGUCGUUCCAUGUGCAUUUAGGUAUAGCAGCCCUGAAGCUACUGGGAAAGGCAGAAGGUCUGAAGCCAGUUAGACCGUUUAUGUACAUUUUGAGCUAAGCUAGUAUCAACCUGUGUAUAGACCCAGAGGCCUGAGCCAAGUAUUGCACCGCACUGCCAGGGACCUGUGUAUAAGACUGCAAGAGGGGGAAACGCAGACUCAGAGUUCCUGUUUCUUUGUCUGCCUGCUGUGCAGCUGGAGAACCCUUUGGCUAUGUAUGGUGUAUACUGUAUGGAUUACCAAUACCCAGUUGUGCAGGGUAAUCAGGAGCCAACAGCCACUCCUGACACAAUGGUCCAGCCAUUCACCACAAUCCCAUUCCCGCCUCCCCCACAGAAUGGGAUCCCCACAGAGUAUGGGGUACCCCACUCUCAGGACUAUGCAGGCCAGACCAGCGAGCACAAUCUGACAAUCUAUGGAAGUACACAGGCGCAUGGAGAACAGAACACAAGUACAGCAACCACACAGAAUGGAUCUCUUACGCAGACAGAAGGAGGAGCACAGACAGACGGCCAGCAGUCACAGACACAAAGCAGUGAGAAUACAGAGAGCAAAUCUACUCCAAAGCGGCUGCAUGUCUCCAACAUACCCUUCCGCUUUCGGGAUCCUGACCUCCGGCAGAUGUUUGGGCAAUUUGGCAAAAUCCUUGAUGUAGAGAUAAUCUUCAAUGAACGUGGCUCCAAGGGAUUCGGGUUCGUAACUUUCGAGAAUAGUGCUGAUGCAGACAGGGCCAGGGAGAAAUUACACGGCACCGUGGUAGAGGGCCGUAAAAUCGAGGUUAAUAAUGCUACUGCACGAGUGAUGACAAAUAAGAAGAUGGUUACACCAUAUGCAAAUGGCUGGAAGUUGAGCCCUGUGGUUGGAGCAGUUUAUGGCCCUGAAUUAUAUGCAGCAUCCAGUUUUCAAGCAGAUGUCUCGCUGGGCAAUGACGCUGCAGUGCCCCUGUCAGGAAGGGGGGGUAUUAACACUUACAUUCCUUUAAUCAUUCCCGGCUUUCCUUAUCCAACUGCAGCCACCACAGCAGCCGCAUUCAGGGGAGCUCAUUUGAGGGGCCGGGGUCGGACAGUCUACGGUGCAGUGCGAGCAGUACCUCCAGCAGCCAUCCCAGCCUACCCAGGAAUAGUCUUACAGGAACCAAUCAUUAGCGCUAAAAUACCUCAGGGUGGAUAUGCAGCCUACAGAUAUGCACAGCCUGCUACCGCCACAGCAGCCACUGCUGCUGCAGCCGCUGCAGCGGCUUACAGUGAUGGUUAUGGCAGGGUGUAUACAGCAGACCCUUACCACGCCCUUGCCCCUGCUGCUAGCUAUGGAGUUGGCGCUGUGGCAAGUUUAUACCGAGGAGGCUACAGCCGAUUCGCCCCUUACUGAAGUGACAUGAGCCCCCCUGCAAAUGGGACAGCCCCCCCAGUUCAUGAGGCCUGGCUAUUGCAAUAUUUACUAGUAGAGGAACUCUAUAGCAAGAAGAGGAGGAAAACAAAAGAAAAAACAAGAGAAAUACUUUUUUAUACCUCACUAUGUUCUUUGAAUAUGUAUUUUUUCCUUUAAAUUUCUGCCUUUAAUUCUUUUGUUCCAAAGAUUGUGCAUUUUUGGGUUGUUGGUUUUUUUUGGGUUGUUUUUUUUAACUGUGGUAAACAUAAUGAAUUUCCAUGUCUGUAUAUUCGUAGCUUAUCCUACCAAUCACAAAAGAGAUUAAUAGAGCUAAGGAGCAUCCUUAGGAAACAGUAUCAUGGAAUUAAAUCAGGAACAUGCAGGCGUUUAUAUUUCACAUGGGUCUGGUGCCUGAGGCCUGCAGUGACAUAAGGAAGAUCCCCUCUCCCCCCGAGGGCCAUGCUCAUUGGCUGCAGCUGGAACCUGCAUGCUGUUGGAGACCCAAAUGUCCCCCAUUUUAUUGCCUUCUGGCACACAUGGGCUCAGGACAGUUCCAGAAGCAUCAAGAUUUUACAAUUUUCAAGACAAUGCUCCUCAAAGCUGCCCAAAGACUUUGUCUCUUAAUGGUUUUAGGGGUCAAGACUUGAAACGAAUAUUUGAUCUUACUGCUUCUCUUCAUACACUUUACUUUAGUGAUUAUUGCCCCUCUACCAAGGCUCUCCUCUGUUUCUUUCACUUGCUGUGGUCUUCCUGUCUAUCCACCCUCUCCCUUUUUUCUGUUCUGGAGGAGCAGCAGACAGGAGACAAUGACUAUCACACCUGAAGCCAUGGCAAAGAGAGUUCUCUCUGAGAUAAUCAGGAAUCUGAUGGCGGAACUGCAACACAUUCCGAAGUUAGAAUUGAACAAUGAUGGAGAAAGCUCUCAACGAUUAGACUCUUCAAAGGUCCAAGACCUUCUUUUCAUCAUGAGCUGAUUAGCUCGGCUGCAAGAAUGCUACUGAAAAAAUGCAUGAGAAGAAGACAGAAAAGGUGUUCUGAUACAUGAUCCCAAAAAAGUGGCAGAAUUGGUGGUGACAAUCUUCUGUGUCACAGCACUAUUCUGUAAGUCACCCUUAUAUAGCUUUGGCAUCUGGAGAAAUCCAAACACGUUUCAAAACAAUUUAAAAAGAGGAAACUUUUGCCUUGAUACACAGCCCAGAACCUUUAGGGGGUUAUCUAUCAUCUCCCACCACACUCUAGAGAGAAAAAUCUGCAUCCAUUCUGCUCAGCUUGCAGAAGUAUUGCAAGUUUUUAGCUGAGAGGGGCGUUUGGAAGACUCGGAGCGCAGAGAUUUGCUCCCUUAGAUUUUUUUUAAAAAAAAAUGUAUGUGGAAUGCCCUUUAUUUAAUGCAGUGGGUGCCUUGUAAGUUACUAUAGAAGCAUGCAUUUGACAACAAGCCACUGCUUUCAAAUAUCUGCCGCUAAUUUUGGAAGUUGAACUAGCAGAAGAGAUCCUGCAUUACCCUCUGAGCUUUCACAACUUUCUUGGCACCUCUUGCAGAUUUUCUGCAGCUUUUACCUUUAAUAAAGCCCUACCUGUUAGAGAAGCACAAUUCCCUUUGGCUCCAUGGCCUGCCUAAAUUGGUACUGGGUGACAUUUCACCCUUGAAAGGGCAGCUAGAGGGUGGACCUGUAGCUGAAGCCUGCUCAGUUCAUUUCAUCAUCAGUCUACUGAUGUCGAUAUAGGAACAGAGACAUCCUGAAACACUUCAAUGAGCUGGACUAUUGAGGAGACAAACUGAUCCAGCCUCACAUGGCUCUCAUCUUUGCCCCCGCUCCUUGUUGUACCCUCUUUAGUGCUUGCACCGAGGAUGCUGGAGAGGAAGCCUGAAGAGAGACAGGCACGGAAAAUCUUAAUUAAGCUAGAGACUCUAACAGUGUUCAUUCUCUGGAACAAGUUGACACCAAACUGCCAGCCUGUUGGCCACUUCUAUUUCUGUUUUUUGUUGUCUUAUUUUUCAAGCCAAAGUUUGGUUUGUUGCUAUUAUGACAAUUUCUGUUGUUUUUGUAUAUAAAUAUUUUAGUUAGCUUGAAAAGGGGGGAGAGGGGAAUGAGGGGUGCCUGGGCUUUCACAAAAUCAAGGAAAUGAGGAAGCAAGGCUUUCCUAGCUUACCUAAAUGUUUUGGUCUUAGCAGAAGGCUGUUAUCACCACAGAGCAGUUGAGGGUGGAAUUGGACUUAAUUCCUCCCCAAGGAACAAGACACAGCAAAGAUCUCUGAAAUGGAUUAGCAACUGUGUGAUAGGAAAAUCUCUGUGUUAAUGUUACAGAAAGUGAUGCAGACUGCAUAGCUCUUCCCAAUAUAAUUGGGUCAGCUUAGCUGUCUUGCAUAUCAAAUACCGAAUACAUUGGAUACCCAUGGAUUUUACAGGCUGUGCAGCUCCUCAGUUAAGGAAGCUGAGUACCACUCAAUGCAGGUCAUAAAAGACUGAGUGGCAUCAAUAUCCCAUCCUGUUAGAAAUAUUUCCUAGUUUGAGAAUCAUCUGCUCCAUUUAAGUUGUAUCGGUACUAAGGUCACCUGCACUGAAGUCACCUGCAGGCUAACAUUAGACAAGCCACUUCCCUUGCCUAUUUUUGUAUCUGUAAGAUGAAAAGGCAAAGUAGCCCCUCUUUUGUGAAACACAGUGAGAUCUGUAGUAAAGAACACUAUUGUUAACAGUACAUUCAUGCCUCCAUAACUCUUAAAAUGUCCAACAAACUGAUUUUGUAAUAUAGCAGCUCUUUAGCCAUUUACCUGAUGGUUUCACAAAUAUCCUAGACAUCUAAAUAGAAUGGAUUCAAAGCUAAGGCUUUGUGUAUUUUCCUACAGCCCCUGUCCCAUGUCUAGUCAGUGUGAGGGGCUCUUAGAUAUCAAGAAUGGGAACCAAAUUUGGGUGACAUCUUUUUUCAUUGUGUCCCACACCUAAACAAAAAGAGUUUGCAAGCAGCUAGGGGAAUACAUAUAAUGCUGCUUACCAACUCCAACAUGUGAGGGAUCCUGAGCACUGUGGGGGGAGAGGCUUGUGUAAGGACGUGUUGCCUGUUUGCACUGGUUUUAAAAUGGGGAGGGGGGAAUCAAAAUCCUAGUAGACAGAGAACUGGUGUAAAGGUUUUGUGUGUUUUUAUUUUUGUCAUGCUUUUGAGAAUGUCAAAUAGGUUUGCAGUAUACACCAGUAUACUUGAUUCUUUGUUGGAUAAAACACUAUUUUCAUGAAGUUAUUGUCUGAAGAGUCCAGCCCCCUCCCUACACCCUGCUUUACCCUAAUCUGGUCCUGUUUGGAAAUUGCUUUUAUUUACAGUGUAAUAAAACGAAACCUCCAGUAAUUGAGGCAAACUAUUUUCUCGUAGUCAGAGUGAAAAUGGUCUUUCUAGUGUGUUUUGCUAGUGUUCUCCCCUCCCCCACCCCAUAUACCUCCCCCGACUUUCCCAUCUUAAUUUUAAGAUGGUGAGAACAUCACUGCUACAUAGGGGAAUGGAAGAAAACUGCAGAAAGGUAUCCACAUUCAGAGCUGGCUGCCAUAAAUAACCAGACACUACAGAAAUGUUGGCAAUCCUUCUGCAGUAAAUUUUGUCCAUAUUUCCAGGCCACCGCCAGUUGGAGAUUAUUAGGGAGUCGUUUAAGACAAGUUGAUUCAAAACACUGCCAGUUGACAAUGACUGGAAACUGAAGUUUUCUUUCUUUUUUAAAAAAUCCUGCACUCUAGCAGUUGCAAUCUUUCCUGCCAACUUUAUUUUCCUAAAGCCGUCCACUGGAGUAUUCAUUUGGCGAGGAGUCUGCAUCAUGUCACUUAGUUAACGGUUACUUUUUUAAAAAAAGGAAAAUUGGGGUUUUUCCCUUUUGGAUGGAACACUAAAAGGCCUUUACUGCUUUUUGAGGAAGAACUGUCAAGGAAUAUAUCCCUACAUUCAGCAUAGCUAUGCAUUGCAGUUUUGCCAUCUUGGUUUGACUGGGGUUUACGAAGUGAUCCUUCCAGAUUUUUUUUUGAACGAAUGAAUGAAUAAAAUAACUAGGGCAAAGCUGACCCAAUAAAUAUUUUUAGGCAGAAUGAUUAGACAGUACUGAGAUGACUGUAAGUUUAGAGACUACCCAGAAUGAAUAGGUAACACUCCAAACUGAUCACUGAGAGGCCUAAAAUGCUCCAGGCAGACUUAGCCUCGUCUUGCAGUCUGUCCUGCACCUCUUUCCUUGCCAGGUACCUAUGGGACAUAGGAUACAUUGUAGUCUCUCUUCCUCUGGAUCAUUUCCCAGGUUGACCAGGGUCUUGUUUACCUGUGCACUCUGGAAAAGGAGUAUCUGGAUUUCAGGACAUUGUGGCCGUCUCUAACACCCCCAACCCCAUCCCCUUUUAAGUAUCAUAUUGUACAGUAGCUUUCAAACCAUACAGUAUUCAUUGGGUUACUCUUAUUAUUAUCAAGUAGCUGGAAUUGUGAAGGUCGGAGUAGUUAGAAUUUUAGCUUUUAUUCCUUUUUUUUGUAUUACUAUCCAUGUGUAUAAAUUAUUGAUCAUGUUGCUGGCUUUUAUAAACUCUAAAGCAAGGGAGGAGCCCUUCCUCACCCUUUGCGAAUGGUAAUGAAGCACUGUUUUUAAAUAAAAGAGAGAAACACCA